AAAAGGAUAUUCUAGUCUAUUACAAUUUUCAAAAGAAGACUUUUUUCCCUAUAAUCUUUCCCCGUAGAUUUUCAAAAACCUUUCUUCAAUCUUUCCCCUCUGUCUCAAUUUUGGAUUUCAUCAAUCUUUCCCUCUUUUUUAAGAUCUAUUUUACUUACAACUCAUCAGUCACUACAGUCAUAUACAUGUGUGUGUGUCUUGAGUGCUUGAAUUCUUGAAAUGACUAUCGCAGAAGCGUUAUCUGUGAUUCCAGCUGCUGUUUUGCGUAAUCUGUCGGAUAAGCUGUACGAGAAGCGCAAGAAUGCUGCUUUAGAGUUGGAAGGGAUUAUUAAGCAAUUGACAGGUGCAGGUGAUCAUGACAAGAUCGCUGGUGUGAUCAAUUUGUUGACUCAGGAGUAUACUUACUCACCUCAGGCUCAUAACCGGAAAGGAGGAUUGAUAGGACUGGCUGCAGUAACUGUUGGUUUGACUUCAGAAGCAGCGCAGCACCUUGAGCAAAUUGUCCCACCAGUCUUGCACUCUUUUUCGCACCAAGACAGCAGAGUUCGUUAUUAUGCAUGUGAAGCUUUGUAUAACAUAGCAAAGGCGAGAAAGAUAAGAGGAACCUGUACUACUCAUGUUCUUUUUGGUCUUGCAGUUUGGACUUCAUUUGUGCUAUUUUUACAGGUUGUAAGGGGAGAUUUUAUCAUAUUCUUCAACCAGAUCUUUGAUGCUUUAUGUAAGCUUUCGGCUGACUCAGAUCCCAACGUGCAAAGUGCUGCUCAUCUUCUAGAUAGACUUGUGAAGGAUAUUGUCACAGAGAGUGAGCAAUUCAGCAUUGAAGAAUUUAUUCCUUUGUUGAGAGAACGAAUGAAUGUCCUCAAUCCUCAUGUCCGCCAAUUUCUUGUUGGGUGGAUCACAGUCUUAGACAGUGUUCCGGAUAUUGAUAUGCUCGGUUUUCUUCCUGAUUUUCUUGAUGGAUUAUUUAAUAUGCUGAGUGAUUCUAGCCAUGAAAUACGGCAACAGGCUGAUUCUGCACUUUCAGAGUUUUUAGAAGAAAUUAAGAAUUCUCCAUCUGUCGAUUAUGGCCGCAUGGCUGAAAUACUAGUGCAAAGGGCAGGCUCGCAGGAUGAAUUUACUAGGCUGACUGCUAUCACUUGGAUAAAUGAAUUUGUGAAACUUGGUGGAGAUCAACUUGUCCCUUAUUAUGCUGACAUUCUGGGCGCAAUAUUGCCUUGUAUAUCUGAUAAAGAAGAAAAAAUAAGAGUUGUUUCUCGUGAAACAAAUGAAGAACUUCGUGGAAAUGAGGCUGAUCCAGCUGAAGGAUUUGAUGUAGGAGCAAUCCUCUCUGUUGCUAGGAGGCAGUUGUCUAGUGAAUGGGAAGCAACACGUAUUGAAGCAUUACAUUGGAUGUGGACCCUGCUGAAUAGACAUCGGUCAGAGGUCUUGGUUUUUCUGAAUGAUGUCUUUGACACUCUCCUAAGGGCGCUGUCAGAUUCCUCCGACGAGGUAGUGCUCUUGGUUCUUGAGGUGCACGCAUGCAUAGCCGAAGAUCCACAACACUUCCGCCAGCUAGUUGUUUUCCUAGUUCACAGCUUUCAGCAUGAUCACUCGCUUCUGGAGAAACGUGGAGCUUUGAUAAUUCGACGGCUAUGUGUCCUUCUAAAUGCUGAAAGAGUUUACCGUGAACUGUCCACAAUACUUGAAGGGGAAUCAGAUUUGGACUUUGCAUCUGUGAUGGUUCAGGCCUUAAACUUGAUUUUGCUUACUUCAACUGAGUUGUCUGACCUUCGGGAUCAUCUUAAAGGAUCGCUUGUCAAUGAUGCCGGGAGAGACUUGUUUCUUUCUUUGUACGCAUCAUGGUGCCAUUCGCCAAUGGCAAUGAUAAGUCUCUGCCUGUUAGCUCAGGCAUAUCAGCAUGCAAGCUCUGUUAUUCAGUCUUUGGUUGAAGAAGACAUCAAUGUGAAGUUCUUAGUGCAGCUACACAAGUUGAUCCACCUUCUGGAGACUCCAACCUUUGCUUACCUUAGGCUGCAGCUUCUUGAACCUGGAAGAUACAUAUGGUUGUUAAAAGCAUUAUAUGGUCUACUGAUGCUGUUACCGCAGCAAAGUGCAGCCUUUAAGAUUCUCCGUACUCGGUUGAAAACUGUUCCUUCGUACUCCUUCAAGGAAGAGCGGCCUGUACGGACAUCGUCUGGGAUUCCUUUUUUCAAUGGGGGAGGUGGAUCGCAAAUUUCAGAGGAUGUCAACCCGAAUGAGAAUUCACAUGAUAUGCAUAAUGGAAUAAACUUUGCUUCUAGGCUGAAGCAUUUUAAGCAAAUUCAGCAGCAGCAUCGUUUGCAUUCAAAGUCAGAGACUCACUCACGUUUUAAUUCUGCUUCAUCAAUGAAGGAGGUAUAAAGACCAGAAGAAUCAAAGCAAUCUUGAUGAUCAUCGCCUAGAGAUGCAGAGCAUUUGCAACUUUGAUUGUUUUCCCUGGCUCCUAAGAGGUUUCUUAUACAGCAAUCUUGAUUUACUUGCUUUUGAUUUUUUGGAAGCACAUCCAAGCUUUGUUAAGUUGUAAAUUGUUAUAUGCUUUUAGUUUGUUUUGUCAAAAUUCAUAAGGGUUGGGAUGUAAAAGGGGAGAGGGUGGGGGUAUAUUUUUAGCUUGGAUAUUUCCGAGCUACUUUAUAUUUAAACCUUUUAGAAAUAUUUAAAGGUAAAAUUUGCCCAUGUGGUUAUGUUAUUUUUGUUGAAUACCAUAUGGGCAAUGAGGUAGAUAUGUAGGAUAUAAAAAGGUUCAUUUUAUUCAUAAUUCUUCUGUAACAAAUAAAGAUUCAUUGUGUGUGUUAUGCUUUACUCUAUUGAGGGCUGUA